UUUACGAGAUAAUUUACUCGGAAAGUGUCGAUCCUCAAACACCGAUUGUGAAGUUUAAAAUCUCAGAGUCAGUUUACCAGAUACUUUUCCUAGUAUUGUUAACUCUUUUCGGUAUCUGUUUCUCUUUGCAGCAUAUGAAAAAUAUCGAGGUCCUCUUGGAAAUGUCAGGAAAGGAGUAUUGGUAUCAAUGGGUUAUGGUACAAUCACAGCUUAUGCAUUGAUGAGUUUGGAACCUCGUGGAACCCUUUUCGUGACCCCUGGGAUGGAGGCAUAUGAUGGCAAUAUAGUUGGUGAGCAUUCACGUGAUACAGAUCUUGAAGUGAAUCCAGUAAGGAGUAAAGAACUGUCAAAUAUACGUGCGGCUGGCAAGGAUGGGAAUGUGAAACUCUCUCCUCCAAGACUUAUGACUCUUGAAGAAGCUAUUGGUUAUGUUGCUUCUGAUGAGCUUAUAGAGGUGUGUUAA